AUGUCAAGACCUCGGCUGGCCACCGCAACUGUGGCAUUGAAGUCAUGCAGGCCUCGGUGGUCACCUUCACAGCUGCGGCGAUCCUACUUCUCCAUACACCAUCCUGAUCCUCCUCCCUUCCACGAUACGCAGGAUAAAAUUCUCGCCGCAGCCAUUGCAAGAGUUCCCAAGUCCGGUUUCACGGAAGAUGCCCUGGUAUUGGGAGCCAGAGAUGCUGGCUAUCUCGACGUGACCGUUCAAUUAUUUCCCCGGGGUGUUUUUGACUUGAUCAAUUACCAUCUGGUUACACAAAGACUGGCAUUGAAGAACAAUGUACAGUUCCCAGAAGGGACGCACUUGGGCCUCGGGGCCAAGGUGAGGGCAUUAGUCAUGGCACGAUUAAGAGCAAAUGAGAACAUAAUACAUCAAUGGCAAGGAGCCUUGGGACACAUGUCUCUCCUAGGAAACAUCCCCGCCUCCCUUCAAGAACUUACGGCACUCUCAGACGAAAUAUGGUACCUCGCCGGUGAUACGGCUGUCGACUUCUCCUGGUAUACAAAGCGAGCCACCUUGGCCGCAGUCUACGCCAGCUCGGAGGUCUUCAUGACCACUGACACGUCAAAGAAUUUUACCGCAACCGAAGAAUUCCUGGCGCGCAGGCUAGAAGAUACACAAUACAUUGGGAGCACUGCAAGAGGCUUUACACAAUACGUCGGCUUUUGGGCUGGCAAUAGUGUCAAUCUCGCUCGAGCUUGGGGGUUGAAGGUAUAG